UUCAAAUGCUUGCCACAUUUUGGAGAUUCCUUUUUUGAAUGCUGCUUACACUAUGCUCUAAAGGAAGCUGAUCAAUUUGUUUGGGCUGAUCAUGACAUGGAUCCAGCAUGCGCUUAUAUGCAUUACUCCUGCAUGGAAACUGUCAUACAUUGUUUUUAUUUUUAUAUUUUUCGAAUAAACUGUUAUACAUUCCUAAUCAUGUCCUUGUACUGCCUAUACUAGGUACGUGAUGUGAUUGAUAAGUUGGUUGAAGCUCAGAAAUGGGCUUUGAGGCUGAGUGGUUGUAUUUCUCAAGUCGAAAGUUCCUGAAAUUGCAAUGACAAGCUUAUAGAGAAAGUGUGUAUGCAUGGGGUUAUGAAUUUGCUCAGUUUUGACCCUUCACCUUGUCUUGUGCCUGGGCAUGAUAAACUCAAGCCAUAUGCUGAAGAUGCAAAAAUAUUGGUUCUUGAAAUAGAGUCUGCUCUAUCAUCUCAAGUUCAUAUUGGUGAAUUGGAAUUGUUAUACUCCCGAGCUCUCAAACUUCCGAUUAAUCUAGAGACAACUGGGAAAUUAGCAAAGGAGAUUUCAUCUGCAAAGUUUGGAUGGAAAAUGCUAGAGAAUGCCUCUAGCAGAAAAUGCCUGGCAUUGUUGAGAUGAAAACCUUCACAAACUAAAAUAUGAGAUGCUGCAACUCCAUGCUCGUCUUCGAGAGAUGGAAGAGUUGCUUGAUUUAUGUAAGGAGGUUGAGUCAUUGCAAUUUUAGUGUAAAGAGGUCAUGGAAGGUCCACUUGAACUUACGGUUAUUAACUUAAUAAUGACCUCUAUUUUUUUCUAUGGUAUUACACAUGACACAAUGCUUGUAGGCUUCUUGAUAUUUCGCAUAUUCAGGAACUCGAAGUUUUUCUUUGGAACAUGGAAAGCUUUAUUGUCAAGAUCCUGGAGUUGGAACUUCUGAAGCAAUACUAUCGUGAUGCAUAUUCUUGGAGAUGCCAGCUUGAUGAGUUUUGCAGGGAAUUAUUGAACGGGAAGACCAUGGGAACAUUGUUCGUGAACUCUCUUGCAUAUCGGAGUCUGGGAAACUCUUGAGAAUAAGAGUUGAUGAGUUGUCCCUUGUUGACAUGGAACUAAAGAAGUCCUGUUGCAGGGAGAAAGCAUCUAAGGUUCUUUCAGAGAGGAUGCCAUUUGAUUUUAUCCAACCUCUGUUGCAAGAGGCUUCCCAGUUAGGAAUUACAAAAGAAAAACAAUUUGUGGAUAUUUUUUUAGUGCUUGAAACUGCUAUUUCUUGGGAGGAGAAAGCAAAAUUUCUUCUUGAGCAUGCUGCGCACUUAUCUGAUUUUGACGAGCUGAUUAGGACGUCAGAGAAUAUAUUUUUGAUUCUUCCUUCUCUUCCUCAAGUUAAAAGUGCUGUAUUGGAAGCUCAGUCAUGGAUCAGUAGAUCACAACUUUGUUUGUCUUCUAGCAUUUGUGAUGGUGAUGAGACUGGCUCUUUGCUCAAAGUCGAUGGCCUUCAGGAAUUGGUAAUUCAAUCUAAAGCCUUGAAGGUUCUUUUAGAUGCACCUGAAAAAGCUGCAGGAGAUUCUUAGGGAUAUCUCUAACUGGAAACAUUAUUCAUGCUCCUUAUUAGAAGAUCUGUGGUCAUUGUUAUUUAUGCAUGAUGUUUAUAUCAAAACCGAUGAUCAUCUUUUGGUCACAAUUGAGGAUCUUCUUGGUAAAAUAGUUUCUGCUACUAAAGUUGGGUUGUCCUUGGGGUAUGAGUUUGAAGAGAUAACAAAAUUAGAACACGCUUCAUUGACAUUACAGUGGAGCUUGAAAGCUGUCUUAUUGCUCCAGAGUUCCCUCGAUGAAGGUAACCUCUGAUGUGGUACCCAUGCUUUUUCUAUGUAAUCCUCUGUUUCCCUUCUUUGCAA